AGGAAUUCUCUCUCUCUCUCUCUCUCUCUCUCUCUCUCUCUCUCCUGCGUGCUCAUGGAAGUAUUCCAUGUAGUUCUACCAAUCUAGUUUACAUACGCACACAAAAAUCCCACCUGAACUCCAACAAAGAUUUGAAAAAACCAACCCAAUGUCGAUCCAAAAUCCGCCCCAACGCCACCAAGACUCCUCCUACUCCCUCACCCUCCCCGGCCCCCCCUCCCGCUCCAACGGCACCUCCACCGCCGACCUCCACCCUUCCAACCUCCUCGCCUACGCCUCCGGCUCCACCGUCACCAUCCUCGACUCCCUCUCCCUCCAGCUCGUCACCUGCCUCCCCCUCCCCCCUCCCCCACACUCCUCCCUCUCCCCCUUCCUCACCUCCCUCCGCUGGUCCCCCCAAUCCUCUCUUUACUCGCCCCACAACCCCUCUCUCUCCUCCCCCUCCCCCCUCCUCGCCGCCGGCGACCGCCAGGGCCGCAUCGCCCUCCUCCACCCCCUCAUCAACAACAAAUCCCCCAUUCUCUUCCUCGACUCCGAUAACAACAACAGCAGCAGCAGCAACAAUAACUCCAAGUCCGGCAUCCAAGACCUCUGCUGGAUCCAGACCCAACCCGACAACAGCUCGUUCUCCCUCGCCGCCCUCUCCGGACCCUCCCUCCUCUCUCUAUACAACACCACCACCAACCGAUGCUUCUUCAAGUACGACGCCGCUCCGGAAUACCUCUCCUGCAUCCGGCGCGACCCGUUCGAUUCGAGGAGGUUCUGUGCCCUGGGGCUGAAAGGGUUUCUGCUGUCCGUUAUCGUGCACGGGGACGAGUCGGAGAACGACGUCGUCGUGAAGGAGAUCCAGAUCCCGACGGACUCGGGCGAGCUGCAGAGGCUGGAGAGGGACGGGAGUAGGGAUUCUUCGGCGGCGCCGGCCAUGGCGGUGUUCCCGACGUACGUGGCGCGGGUGGCGUACUCGCCGCGGUGGAGGCACGUGGUGUUUGUCACGUUCCCGAGGGAACUUGUGGUGUUUGACUUGCAGUACGAGACGGCGUUGUUCUCGACGGGGCUGCCCCGGGGGUGCGGGAAGUUUAUGGACGUGGUGCCGGAUCCGAGUCUGGAGGUGGUGUACUGUCUGCACCUUGACGGGAGGCUCAGCGCUUGGCGGCGGAAAGAAGGAGAACAGGUGCACCUGAUGUGUAUGAUGGAAGAGUUGAUGCCCUCUAUUGGCACAUCGGUCCCUUCUCCCUCUGUUCUUGCAGUCGUCAUUUCCCAACAAGAUUCCACCCUACAACAAAUUGGGAAGCUUUAUUCUGAUUAUUCUCAUACUUCUUCCCCUGUUGUGGAUUUCAAUACUCCUCUUGAUUUUUGUGAUGAAUCCCUUCUCGUUUCUAAGACACAUUUGAUAUCCAUUUCUGAUGAUGGAAACAUUUGGAACUGGCUCCUGACCGCUGAAGGUCCUGAAGAUGCACAGAAGGAUUCAAAAAACUCCGGCACUGCUGGUGAAGGCAGUGAGCUCUCGGUUAUAGAGACAAAUUCUACUACUGUUGUUUCUUCCACUGAUGAACAAGAAGUAGAUGCACUUCAUCCACCGGAUGAGGCGAAUAACAUUGGUAGUAGUCUUGCUGCGAGAAGCUCAACUGUCAGCCUGGAAGAGAUGUCAUUUAAGAUCAGCUUAGUAGGACAGCUUCAUCUUCUUUCUUCAACGGUGACCAUGUUGGCUGUACCAUCCCCUUCUUUAACAGCUACUUUGGCCCGUGGGGGAAACUAUCCUGCUGCUGCUGUUCCAUUAGUUGCUUUGGGAACGCAAAAUGGUACAGUUGAUGUGAUUGAUGUCUAUGCUAAUGCUGUUGCCGCAAGUUUCUCCGUUCAUAACAGUACCGUAAGAGGACUACGUUGGCUUGGAAAUUCUAGACUGGUGUCAUUCUCAUAUACCCAGGCGAAUGAAAAAACUGGAGGAUAUAUCAAUAGGCUUGUAGUGACCUGUGUUAGAAGUGGCCUAAAUCGACCGUUUCGGGUUUUACAAAAGCCCGAGCGUGCACCCAUAAGGGCUUUAAGGGCUUCAUCAUCUGGAAGGUAUCUUUUGAUUUUGUUUCGUGAUGCACCUGUAGAGGUGUGGGCAAUGACAAAGACUCCCAUCAUGCUUAGAUCGUUAGCUCUUCCAUUCACUGUAUUGGAGUGGACUCUGCCCACAGUUCCGCGGCCAGUUCAAAAUGGACCUUCUAGGCAAUGGUCUUUAACAUCGAAAGAUCCUGCAGCUGUGGCAACAGCUGGGGCGUCUUCCGAAACAAAGGCGUCUGCUACAGAUUCUAAGGGUCCAAGCUCCGAUGGAUCUCAGGAUGAAUCGUCUGAAAGUUUUGCGUUUGCUUUGGUUAAUGGUGCACUAGGAGUCUUUGAGGUUCAUGGACGAAGGAUCCGAGACUUCAGACCGAAAUGGCCUUCUUCUUCAUUUGUUUCGGCAGAGGGACUGAUUACAGCCAUGGCCUACCGCCUACCUCAUGUAGUUAUGGGGGACAGGUCAGGAAACAUACGUUGGUGGGACGUGACAACUGGGCAAUCUUCCUCGUUUAACACUCAUAGGGAAGGAAUCCGGAGAAUCAAGUUCUCACCUGUUGUCCGUGGAGAUCAUAGCCGUGGGCGUGUUGCUGUGCUGUUUUAUGACAAUACGUUUUCUGUGUUUGAUCUCGAUUCACCGGAUCCCUUAGCCAAUUCACUUUUACAACCUCAAUUUCCGGGAACUCUUGUCCUGGAACUUGACUGGUUGCCUUUGCGCACUGAUAAGAACGAUCCACUGGUAUUAUGCAUUGCUGGAGCUGACAGUAGCUUUCGUCUUGUUGAGGUUAACGUAAACGACAAAAGAGUUGGAUAUGAACCCCAGCCUAGAUCCAUGAAAGAGAGAUUCAGACCUAUGCCUUUGUGUUGUCCCAUAUUACUCCCUACACCACAUGCUUUGGCAUUGCGUAUGAUCUUUCAACUAGGGGUGAAGCCUGCAUGGUUGAAUACCUGCAGUACAACCAUGGAUAAGUGGCAGGGAACUGCUGCAUCAACUGGAGAUCUUCGUACUUAUAUGAUUGAUUCACCUCCUGUUGGUGAUUCUGUAGUUCCAGAGUUGCUUCUUAAGGUAUUGGAACCUUAUAGAACAGAAGGCUGCAUACUUGAUGAUGAGAGGGCAAGAUUAUACGCUUCUAUUGUGAAUAAAGGUUGUGCUGCGAGGUUUGCUUUUGCAGCUGCUAUAUUUGGUGAAUCAGCAGAAGCACUAUUCUGGUUACAAUUACCUAAAGGCCUUGACCAUUUGCUGAAUAAGUUGGUCAAUAAGUCUCUGCAGAAAGCCCCUGUACCAGCAUCAAACCCAGAGCUUGAUGAUGCAUCUAUGUUGAGUAGGAUAACAUCCAAGGGUAAAUCAAUCUCCGGUACAGAUGUAUUGCAGAGUAAUGGUCAACUCAGGUUGAUGGCUUUUGAGCAAAAAGAGUUGUGGGGAAGUGCAAGCGAGCGUAUUUCUUGGCAUGAAAAGUUGGAUACUGAAGAAGCUAUUCAGAACCGUGUGCACGAGCUUGUUUCAGUUGGGAACUUAGAAGCUGCUGUUAGCUUACUGCUUUCCACCCAUCCAGAGAGCACAUACUUCUAUGCAAAUGCUCUGCGAGCCGUGGCUCUUUCCUCUGCUGUGUCAAGGUCUCUGCUUGAACUGGCUGUUAAGGUUGUCGCAGCCAAUAUGGUUAGGACAGACAGAUCAUUGUCAGGAAUACAUCUUCUCUGUGCUGUUGGAAGGUAUCAAGAAGCUUGUUCUCAGCUGCAAGAUGCUGGAUGCUGGACAGAUGCUGCAACCUUAGCCGCAUCACAUUUGAAAGGAUCUGAUUAUGCCAGGGUGUUGCAGAGGUGGGCAGAUCAUGUUCAUCGUACAGAACACAAUAUCUGGAGGGCUCUGAUUUUGUACGUUGCUGCUGGCUCACUACAAGAAGCUCUGGCUGCACUUCGCGAAGCACAGCAACCGGACACAGCAGCCAUGUUCAUACUUGCUUGUCGCGAAAUCCAUGCUGAUUUCACCACCAACUUAGAUUUGGAUGAAGAAUCAAGUUCAUCGAUCAAGGAAAACCAGUUACUCUUGCCUGCGAUAAGUCCAGAAAAUGAAGAUGUUAUUGCCGUUUGUGAAUAUUUUGGGCAGUACCAAAGAAAAUUAGUGCAUCUGUGCAUGGACUCUCAGCCGCUUUCUGAUUGAGCGAACUCGGCAAUAUUGUCAGUUUGGUGAAUUCAUUACAUGAGCAACAUUUUGUUGUAUUAUGGGCCAAAUUGCACUCCAUGGAUGAUUGCAAUUUUGAAAAGAAAAAAAAUGUUAGCAAUCUUGGAUGAUGGGCGGGCGAGUAUUAUACGUAUGUCAAGAUUUGUAAAUGUGGAAAGCUUCAGCCUUGUAGAGUUGUAGAAUUUGCUGCUGUGAGAUGAUAGUACAAGUUCAUGUAAAUGAUAUUUCAUUGUAAUUCCUUGGAGAAAUUGAAGGGUGAUUCUUUUUAGCAGAGGUGUAGUUAAACAAGGGUUCAUAUCAAAGAAGACAUUUGUACACAAACAGAUUUUUGUUGGAACUUGUGUCGCUCCUUUUCUAUGCUUAUCCAUGGACCAGAUUAUC